AUGGCGCAUCUAUUAGCAGCGGUAAGCUUGCCGCCGGUGACAUUUCACCCGGCCGACCGGAAAUCUCUACGAUUAACUACGAAAACUAAGAAAUAAGCAGUAAGAGCAGUAUCGCUUGAGGAAAUUCCCCCAAAUGCGGUUCGACGAAAGCGCGAUUCAACAUGGAGAGGAGGUUUCAGUCUUGGAGUGGAUUUGGGUCUUGCCCGUACGAGACUUGCCCUUAGUAAAAGGCAUCAAUUUUCAACCAUUAACGGUUUUGAGUUGAGAGGACAGAAGCUUGAACUUUUAAUUAUUUAUAUUGAUCAAAAACAGGAAGUGGAUGAGUUUAUAAUUGGACACCCUUUGCCAAGUGAUGGAAAGGAAACUCCACAAUCUAGCAAAGUUUGGAGUGUUAUUGGUAGGCUUGAUGUUCAAGCUACUGAGAGGGGAGGGAGAGUAUAUCUGCAGGAAGAGUACGGGACAACAAUUGACGCAAUGAGCAACAUGGUUGAUAGAUAA